AUGCAGCUCUCUCGCUUUCUUUUCCGCGUCGCCCUGUGCUUAUUUCCCAUAGCCUUGAUCGGCACAACAUGGCUAUAUCUCUACCCCAUUUUCCACGGCUGCGCGUUUCCUAAACCCUCGUUUACCUCCUCCGCACACGGGCAAGUCAUCGCACCGUUUCGCCUCCUCUCCUUAGGCGACCCUCAACUCGAGGGCGACUCCUCGCUUCCCGAUCCAAAUGCGCUUGUCUUCCCGUCGAUCGAAAACCUCGUACCGAAUCUGCGCGAUGCGGCCAGUUCUGCAGCUAGACGAGUUUUGCUGACACAAGCAGCCAGAGGUGCUGUGAAGGAUGCGGGGAAAUGGCUAGAGGGGAAGAGGAAGGCAAUAGAUUUAUGGGGCAAUGACUGGUAUCUUGCGCAUAUCGUGAGGAGUCUGAGGUGGUGGACACAACCUACGCAUAUUAGUGUGUUGGGGGAUCUGCUGGGCAGUCAGUGGGUCACGGAUGGGGAGUUCAGGAAGAGAGCAGGACGGUAUUGGGGAAUCGUUAUGAAGGGAUUGGAGAAGGUGCCGGAUGUUAUCUUUGGGGCGAUUGGAGGUGGCGAGACGGAACAGGCGAUAGAGACGACGGCAGAGCAAGAAGGAGGAGGGGAGAUAGUAGAAGGGAAACAGGAGAAGGAGAGAAAGCCGCUAUGGGGUGGCACAACAGAAGUCCUAGGCGCGGAUCAAGACUGGCAAAAGCGCGUCAUAAACAUCGUCGGAAAUCACGAUGUCGGCUACGCCGGCGACAUCGACGAAUCGCGUAUCGAGCGCUUCGAAAAAGCGUUUGGUGCUUCAAAUUGGGACAUCUGGUUCACUCUCCCAGACUCCUUGAGCUCUGCCAACAAGACUGUAGAGACCGACUCAUCUACAUCUACACAAGACAACGUCAGACCACCAACACUCCGCCUUGUAAUCCUCAACUCAAUGAACCUCGACACACCUGCCUGGUCCUCCGACCUCCAAACGGAAACUUAUUCCUUCAUGAAUCACAUCAUAACCUCCUCCCUCCCCGUGGACGAUAAAACACACGCUACUAUCCUCCUCACACAUAUUCCGCUCGAAAAGGAAGCAGGUAUCUGUGUCGACGCACCCUAUUUCGAUUUCUUCGAGGGAGGCCAGGGGCUCAAGGAGCAGAAUAUGCUGUCGGUCCAUGCUAGUAAAAUUGUUCUUGAAGGCUUAUUUGGUAUGAGUGCGAACAAAGAUGCUGAAGGCGGAGGGCAGGGUAGAAGGGGCAUUAUACUCAACGGACACGAUCACGCUGGCUGUGACGUUGUGCAUUACAUUCGGCAGCCUGGCGUACAGGAUAUGUGUCAGGUGGCAAAUGUGAAGAGGGAGGAAGCAUACUGGCCGGCCAGCACCGCGAACGACACCAUGAUCGCUACGAGUAUGGAUAUAGAUGGCGUGGAUAUCAACGUCGUGGCUGCCAACGACACUGACGCCGACACCGUCACUCAAACUGAUACGCCCUCCGAUUCUCCACCAGAGCCUACUCCGGAGCCGUCUCUGGAAGCUCCUGCCCCACCCAAAUGGCGCGCUCACCGCUUCCCCACCCGCCCAUACGAUAUAAGCAGCGAUAAUACCUGCACAUCCAUCAACGACGCACCCCAUAUCCGCGAAAUCACGCUCCGCAGUAUGAUGGGAGAAUACUCUGGCUAUGCUGGGUUCCUAUCAGGCUGGUUCGACCAGGACAAAGGAGAGAAGGGGGAAUGGGUCUUUGAGUUCAGUUCGUGUGGGGUGGGUAUCCAGCAUUGGUGGUGGGGGGUUCAUAUCGUUGAUCUGGUCUUGAUGUUAUGCAUGUUAGUUGGAAGUGUGGUUUGGGGAUAUGAACGAGUAGUAGGGGAUGGGGAGGUGAGAUGGAAGGGCAUUAGGAUGGGUGGGGAGAAGAUGAAAGGAGAGCAGGCUAAGAACGGAAGGGACGCGAAGACGGUGGUACAUAGUACACGCGGGCGUACGUCUUCUGUCACGGAAGUUAGAGAACGAAAGAUAUAG